GUUGUGUUAUGUCAGCGCUACAUGAGCCCCGAUUGGCCAGCGAGCAGAAGCCAAGUUGUUGUAUUUCACCUGUCUGCGUUUCCAUUAUCUUUAGCUUCAGAUAAAAAGCGAAAGGAGAGCACUUUAAAAUACCCAAUUACAAUGUCGCACGUAUUGCUGGAGCUGCUGCUGUUGGUGGCAUUUGCGGACGUCACGCGUACAGAGCUCGCGUUUCGCUGCCCAAGCUGCAGCGCCGAGCGCCAGGCGGCUUGUCCCACUCUCACUGCUGAGAGCUGCGGCGAGAUCGUGCGUGAACCGGGCUGCGGUUGCUGCCCUGUAUGUGCACGCCGGGUCGGAGAGCCAUGUGGUGUCUACACACCGCGCUGCGCCAGCGGCCUGCGCUGUUACCCUGAGCCGGACUCGGAGCUGCCGCUGGAGCAGCUAGUGCGCGGCCUCGGUCGGUGCGCGCUCAAAGCAGAUGCAGAGCCCAGCACGGGGAGCGCUGAACUUAGCGGUGAGGUGCUGGAAGCAGAACAAACUGAAGUUCCUCCGAUCAGAAAGCUCACAAAGGACAGCCAAUGGAUAGGCCCUAAAGAGAGCGCUGUAAUUCAUCACAGGCAGCAGAUGAGGACAAAGAUGAAGUAUAAAACAGAGGAGCCCAAGAUACCACGAACCAAGCUGAGUCAGUGUCAGCAGGAGUUGGAGCAGAUACUUGAAAGAAUCUCCAAAAUGCCCUUCCGAGACAAUCGUGGACCUUUGGAAGACCUCUACUUGGUGCACAUACCCAACUGUGACAAGAGGGGCCAAUACAACUUGAAACAGUGUAAAAUGUCAGUGAACGGACACCGGGGUGAGUGCUGGUGUGUGAAUCCACACACAGGCAGACACAUCCAGUCCUCCCCAGUUGUGAGAGGUGACCCCAACUGCAGUCAACACAUCAAUGCAUUUGAGAUGGAGCCACCUUCAGCACCACCAAACUAAAAAGCAUAGAAAACCAUUUGUACCUAUAGAGUCAGUCAUUUAACUUGUUUUUUUAUGAUUUAAAUAGUACAAACAUGUAGUAGUGUCUGUGAUUUUAGUAAAUUGAAGUUCAGCAUAUACCAGGGUUAUGUGUGACGUUAUACUGUAUGUGAUACAGAAAAAUGCAAGCUGGUUUUACAACCAGUGGUUUUAGAAGUUGAUUACAUCAUAUAGAAAAUAUAUGGGUAAUUCUUUUCCACAUAUUGUAAAUUAAAUGGACCAAGAUAUUAUCAGUAUGUAAUGGACCUUAAGUUUGGCGUUAUUUUUCACAAUUGUUCAUUUUAAAGAUUAUUAUGCCUAACAGUGAAUUUGGCCCUACUAAAAUAUACAAUAUAUAUAUCAUACAUAGAUUGUACUGCUACAGUUAAGUAAUUAAAUAUUUUGACUAAAGUAAUUUUUACUUUAUGUA